AUAGUGCGUUAAAUCAUUUUAUUAUACUGUAUACAGCAAAUGACAUGAAUUUCCGCCUGUGUUUGAUCACGUGACCGAGUGACGCAGAAAACAACAUGGCGACCUCCUGUGAAAGCAAUAUCGAGUCAGUGAGAAAAAGACGCCCCAAAGGUGCUUCAGCAGCGGACGCAAAGUUUGCCGACAGCAUUAGCAGAAAAGAUGCGGUCAACACAAUCGAAGGCACCAAGAAAGGAAAGAAGCUCCAGUCGUUGCAAACGGGGACUUUCUGGCUCACUCGUAUUGUGCUGCUGCGCUCCGUUGCCUUUAUUUACUUUGUGGCGUUCAGUGUCGCUUACAACCAGAAUAAACAGCUGAUCGGCGAAAAUGGCCUGAUGCCCUGCAAGAGCUAUCUCAAUAGUGUCAAGCGCUACGUUGGAGGAAAGAUAGGCAUGGCUGCUCUGGCCUACACGCCCUCCGUACUCUGGUUCUUGGACUGGAGCAAUAUGGACGCCAACCUGGAUGGCAUCGCCUUGGCGGGGAUGUCCCUCUCUGGUUUUAUUCUGGUGACGGGAAUGGCCAAUAUGGUGAUCAUGGUGUCCUUGUGGGUGCUAUACCACUCCUUGGUCAAUGUGGGCCAGCUAUGGUACUCCUUUGGCUGGGAGAGUCAGCUGUUGGAAACGGGCUUCCUGGCCAUUUUCUUGUGUCCUUUGUGGACUCUGUCCCAAGUCCCCCGCUGCUGCCCCCCUUCCUUCAUCUGCAUCUGGACGUUCAGAUGGCUAAUUUUCCGCAUCAUGCUUGGAGCUGGCCUGAUUAAAAUCCGAGGGGACCAAUGUUGGCGAGACCUCACCUGCAUGGAUUAUCACUAUGAGACGCAGCCUGUCCCGAACCCCGUGUCUUACUACAUGCAUCGCUCCCCAUGGUGGUUCCAUCGCUUCGAGACGAUGUCCAACCACUUUAUUGAGCUCGUCGUCCCCUUCUUCACUUUCCUGGGCAGGCGGAUGUGCAUUGUCAAUGGCGCACUGCAGGUCCUAUUUCAGAUAGUUCUGAUCGUGAGUGGGAACCUCAGUUUCCUCAACUGGUUGACCAUUGUACCCAGUCUGGCCUGUUUUGAUGACGCAUCACUGGGCUUCUUGUUUCGCUCCGGAAGUGGAGCCAAGAAAACAGUUUUGAAGAUUCAAGAUGAGGAAAAAAGUGGACGGUCCCCUGAAGCCACUAAAGGAAUGCGGAUUCGUCAGGUGGUCAAUGUGUCAUUGGGCAUUCUGAUCGGCUGUCUGAGUGUUCCGGUCCUCAUGAACCUACUGAGUCCCAGGCAGGUGAUGAACACCUCCUUUGACCCGCUGCGCAUCGUCAAUACCUACGGCGCCUUUGGCAGUAUUACCAAGGAGCGCACUGAAGUGAUUUUCCAGGGCACUCUGAGUGAGGAUCCCAAAGACCCGAAGGCAGUCUGGGAGGAAUACCAAUUCCUUUGUAAGCCAGGAGAUCUUUACCGACGGCCGUGUCUCAUUUCCCCGUAUCAUUACCGCCUGGACUGGCUCAUGUGGUUCGCGGCCUUCCAGACCUACGAGCAGAGUGAGUGGGUCAUUCACAUAGCGGGACGCCUUUUAGCGAACGAUAGCACAGUCCUCUCGCUGCUGGACCACAACCCCUUCCAGGACAGAGGCAUACCCAGGUGGGUUCGGGGAGAACAUUUUCGAUACAAGUUCAGCCAGCCAGGCAGUGCCAGCGCAGCUGAGGGCAAGUGGUGGCUGAGAAAGCGCAUCGGGCCCUACUUUCCUGCUGUGGAUCUUGCAGCACUCAGGGGAUACUUCCAGUCCAGGGACUGGCCUCACCCACAUAUACCAACGCGGAAGAACUAAGGACAUCGGCGACGUUGCCACACAGAGGACUAUCGUGGGAAAAAGAACUCGUCAUCGAUAGU